AUGAUCUUUUUUGUAUUGCUUCUCUUUCUUUCUUUCGCCGAUGCUCACCCCUACGAUGAAAAGCUUGUCGACUACAAUAUUAACUUGAACAAAACUGCUGGCACGAACGUCUUAUCUUAUGUAUCUGAUUGGCCUGAGAAGCGUGCAUCGGGGUAUACUCCAAGUCCUACAAAUUGGCGUUCUCUGCCUACUUAUACUGUGCUUUUAGACAAGAUUUUUGAUGGUGAUCCUUCGAACAACGAUUUCUAUGGCACGCGUUACGAGUGGGACCUUUCGGCAAACCAACUUCGUCAUGGAGGGGAUAUCACUGGGUUUGCACAGGACAGGGUACUCGAUUACAUCUAUGGAAUGGGUUAUCGUACAAUCUACAUUGCGGGUACACCCUGGCUCAAUAUGCCAUGGCAAGCAGAUGGCUACUCAGCUCUCGAUUUCACCCUUUUGGAUCCACAUUACGGUACAAUCGCUGAAUGGCGUGCUGCGAUUGAUAAAAUCCAUGCCAAAGGGAUGUAUGUGAUGCUGGAUUUGACGACCACCACAAUGGGCGAUUUGAUAGGCGUAAAGUCCUUUCUCAACACCUCCGCGCCUUUCAACCUACAAGGAUAUGAGGUUGAGUACAAGAACCCUCCACAUGGCCCUUGGGGCAUCAAUCAAUACGUGGACUUCAACUUCACCAACACCCGAAGCUCAGACUGUAAAAUGCCAAACUUUUACAACCCCGAUGGCACCUUGCUCACUACUUUAGGCGAGACAGUAAACGGUUGCUACAAAGGGGACUUUGAUCAAUAUGGUGAUGUCGAAGCCUUUGGUGUCCAUCCGGAUUGGCAACGUCAGUUGUCCAAGUUUGCUUCCGUGCAAGAUCGUCUGCGGGAAUGGGACAACAGUGUUGCUGUAAAAUUGGAGCAUUUGGCUUGCAUGACACUCCAAGCUCUUGACCCGGACUCGUUUCGAAUCGACAAAGCUACACAACAGACUGUUGACUUUGUCGGAAAAUGGGGUCAAGCUGUCAAGACGUGCGCGAAAGCUAUUGGAAAAAAUAACUUCUUUAUUCCGGGUGAAAUAACGGGUGGAAACACUUUUGGAUCCCUUUAUGUCGGUCGGGGGCGGCAACCUCAACAUUACGCAAAUCUCGGAUUCCGUGAAGCUGCACAAGUCAAAGCAAACCAGUCCCAAUACUUUUUGAGGGACGUGGGUGUCAAUGGUCUCGAUGCUGUUGCCUUUCAUUACUCGGUAUAUCGCUCUUUGACGCGGUUUUUGAGUAUGGAUGGUAAUCUUGAUGUAGCCUAUGACGUUCAAACCAACUGGGUUACUGCUUGGAAUCAGAUCUUUGUCUCUAAUGACUUUUUAAACCACGACACUGGUUUAAUCGAUCCUCGUCACCUUUAUGGAACAUCAAAUCACGAUGUUUUCAGAUGGCCUUCCUUGGCCAAUGGUACUCAAAAGUUGCUGCUUGGACAAUUGAUCACCAACCUGGUUAUGCCUGGUAUCCCGUUAGCUUUCUAUGGGGAAGAGCAAGCAAUGUAUCUUUAUGACUCACAAGCCGAUAACUAUUUGUACGGUCGUCAGGCUAUGUCCGCCACUCGUGCCUGGCAAACACACGGGUGUUACCGUGUAGGAUCACAGCAGUAUUUCAAUAUGCCUCUGGAGAAAGCUUUACACGGCUGUAAAGACGAGUGGAAUAGUUUGGAUCAUUUUGAUCCCACCGCUAGCGUCCGAAAUGUCUUUAAUCACUUCAUCUACCUUCGUACUCAAUAUGCCGCACUCCAGGAUGGCUUCAAUCUCAUACAGCGCGGAAAUUGGACAACUUUUGGACAACUUCCUGGCUCUAACAAGACGCAAACCGAAUGGGGGCUUUGGAGUGUCAGUCGGGGACCAAUGGACAAUGAAAUUCUCUCUGGUCCGAACCCCAAUGUUACCGUUUGGAUCCUCUACAGUAACUUGAACGAGACCAAGACUUUUGAGUACGACUGCAACACAGCAUUCUGGAUUUCGGCACCCUAUGCAGCCCCCGCGACUGUUCGGAACCUGCUUUAUCCUUACGAAACUUACAAUCUGGCUGGAUCGCAAUCGCCGUAUUAUUUAGACGGCAAGGCACCGUACCGUGGAUGUCUAGAGUCUAUCACAAUGGACCCGUUAGGGUUCAAAGUUCUGGUCCCAGUCCAAAGUUGGACCCCGCCACUUCCUCGUCUCGUCUCUUUUACCCCUGGUCAUGACGCACGAAUCUUAUCUCACCCGAACGAUGAUACACAUGUCAUCAAUUUCAGUCUCUCGUUUUCAGAUGAGAUGGCAUGCAACGACGUUUCGUCCGCGUUAUCUCUUUCCUACACUAUAGACCCCGCGUCCACGCACAAACCUCAAAUCAACAUCGCAGGAGCAUCAUGCACUUCCACGUCCCCAGCUCUUGCCAAUUACUCGCCUGCACCUGCCGCCGUAUGGACCUGGGCAAGCACGAUCACUGAUGCUGUAGACGGGAUUUACCAGAUCACAGUAAACAACGCUACAAACAAAGAUGGAAUCCACACACACACAGUAGACCAUCUUUUACUGCGUAAAGGUACAGAAGAUAAUCCGGUGGUGUUCCAGACGACAGUCUAUUCGCGAAGUGUCUUGCAAAAGGGCUCAGAUGGUGGCAUGAAGAUAGUCUCCAACGCACCUGGUUCUGAUCUUAUGCGUUACUCAACUGACUUUGGACAAACAUAUUCAAAAUGGAUGGAUUAUGCAACAGAAUUUAAGUUACCUGACACGGCUUUCAAUGCUAAGCAAUUUUGGGAAGGAAAUCACAUUCGAGUGCAGUACUAUUCGAAAAUGGCCGGAUCAGCAGCACAAGCCGUCGACUCUGACUAUGGACUUUCUGAUACGACUCCUCGGAGGUUCCCUCAAAUGUUGCUGAGAGGACCAUUCAAUUCAUGGGGAUUUGAUAUGGGUACGAAGAACGUAUUCACCGCGCUAGACGGGAACUGGACAUUUGAUAUCAUGACAUCGUGGCCUAACUACUUCCAGGCGACAGUGUUUAGCACAGACGAGGAGUCGUACUACGGUGAUGUAGAUGGAGACGGCGCAUUGGACGUACUUCCACCGAACACUUUGGCCCCAAACUACUUUAACCUCUCUCGGCCGAUGUCACCCUACCUCGGAUGGAGGAUAAUGAUCAAUCAGACUGACAUGACUUGGGGUGCUGUACCCAUCGGAGACGAGACAGUCGGAAUUAUCAUGUUUUUCCUUCUUGGUAUCAUUCCACCGCUCACUGCUUUGCUUGCAUGCUGGAUUUUCCGGAGAGCCUUUUACUCGAUCAAAGUGAACAAGUACGGCUUCAAAGAGAAGAAGGGCUUCGGGCUUCUUCCCUUCCUCGACUCAAUGAAGCAAAAAUCCAAUGACUAUCGUUCAGAAAAAGGUGAAAAGGGGAUGCUUGCUUCUGGUAUUGGUGCUGCAAUGGGACUUAAAAUGCGAACUGGCACACGCUGGCCGGAUGACAUGACGGCUAGGCGAAAAGUCUUGAUUGCGACACUUGAGUAUGAGAUCGCCGACUGGAAAGUCAAGGUCAAAAUUGGUGGUCUGGGUGUCAUGUCUUCGCUGAUGGGAAAAGCGAUGCACGACGUGGAUCUCUUGUGGGUGGUACCGAAAGUCAAGGACUUGGAAUACCCAGAAGCUGAUCCUGCACCUCCAAUUGAAGUCACCAUCUUCGGCGAAAAGUACCUCAUAGAAUGUCAAACUCACCAGCUCGAUAACAUCACAUAUUAUCUUUUGGAUUCACCUGUCUUCCGAGCUAACACCAAGUCAGAUCCCUAUCCGGCUCGCAUGGACGAUCUAAGUUCAGCAAUAUUUUAUUCGUCUUGGAAUCAAUCUAUCGCCACGAUCUGCCGUCGCAAUCCGGAUCUUGACAUCUACCAUAUCAAUGACUAUCACGGAACGCUUGCGCCAUUAUACUUGCUUCCAACUGUCCUGCCUGUAUGCCUUUCUCUUCACAACGCCGAGUUUCAAGGUCUGUGGCCGCUCAGGACUAAAGAAGAAGCCGACGAGGUGUGCAGAGCAUUCAACUUAUCCAAGGACAUAUGUACGAAGUACGUUCAAUUUGGAAAUGUUUUCAACUUGCUACACGCCGCGGCCAGUUUUAUCAGUCAUCACCAGAGGAGUGUGGGAGUGGCUGGAGUGAGUGACAAGUAUGGUAAACGAAGUUGGGCACGUUACCCCGCACUUUGGACCCUCAAGACUAUCGACUCUCUUCCCAAUCCUGAUCCAACCGACAUCGAAGCACUAGACCUUGUGCCUCGAAACAUGAAAAACGUCGAGAUCGAUGAAGAGGCAGAAGCCAAACGACCAGAAGACAAGCGGAAGACGCAAGAAUGGGCGGGGUUAGUUCAAGACCCUAAUGCUCAACUGUUUGUCUUUGUUGGAAGAUGGUCCCUUCAAAAAGGUGUCGACUUGAUUGCAGAUGUCUUUACAACAAUCUUGGAGAAGCGUACAGAUGUACAAUUGGUCGCCGUAGGACCAGUCGUAGAUUUGUAUGGCCGUUUCGCCGCUGUCAAGCUUAACCGGCUCAUGGAAAUGUAUCCUGGUAGAGUUUUUUCCAAACCCGAAUUCACUGCUUUGCCGCCAUUCAUCUUUUCUGGUGGCGACUUUGCGUUAAUUCCUAGUCGUGAUGAGCCCUUUGGACUAGUUGCCGUCGAAUUUGGUCGCAAAGGUGCACUGGGUGUUGGAAGUCGACUUGGUGGCUUGGGUCUUAUGCCAGGAUGGUGGUUCCCAGUUGAGAGUGAUAGUACGUCUCACAUGCAUUCCCAGUUUACAAAGACCAUCAAGGCGGCUUUGAAGUCUACCAACGAGGAACGUGCUGUUCUGCGAGCUCGGUCUGCUCUACAACGCUUCCCAGUCCUUGAAUGGCGUAGCCGAAUGGAAAACAUGCAUCGUCGAUCUAUCAAGGCCUCUCGUAAAUAUGCGGGUCAACUGGCUGCUGGUCCUGGUUCCGGUAACGAUCAUUCUCUUACGAAUGGGGAUAUGGAGCUUGGUCACCAUCCUGUCCACUCGCCACCAGAAUUACUUUCAACACCAUCCUAUGGUGUGUACAAUCGGAGGGCCGGCGGGAGAGACACCCUUGGACCAUUUGAUACACCCACAAGUUCAACUUAUUUUGACAAAGACGACGAGCAAGAUCCGCUGAGACGACCCAAUCUUUCUCGUAACUCGUCAACUAUGGGGUCUGACUUGCCGUAUGCCAAUGCUGGUCUGGGAUCCCCGAUUGUUGAUAAUUUCUAUGCUUCUGGUGGAUCUGGUGCGGCGAGCGAAGAUGAAACGGAUGAAUCUGUUUUCAAACGCAUCUCACUCGCGCCAGAAACCUCGGCAAUGGGCGAUCAAGAUGAUGAUCAAUACGGAAGUUUUCUCACCAAGGCUAAUCGGCAACUGAAUCGAUCUCUAACAAGAAAGUUAACCAAGACAUACGGAAGGCAUGCUGUAAAAGACCCAUUCAUUGCAGCAGGGAGCUCCACUGCUGAACCAUUAUCGUCAUUUGCGGAGGAAGAUGUAGUUCUACGACCACCGAUCAGACCAUUCGGUUCUAAUUUGGAUGCCAACCGAAUCAGUACAGCGUCAUUUGACUCUAUCAACUCGAUCAUGGAGGAUCAUGGGGCUGAUUCACCUUUGAACAAAGCGAUUGAAGGCUUCACUGACGAAAAUGGUGAAGUUACUCAAGGUUUCAUCGCUAAACUAUCGGAACUCAACUCGGCCAACUCUAAGGCAGACUUGUGCAUCGCCGAAUACUUAGUGGCAGCUGAGAAAGCCCAUUUCAAAGGUGUUCGAGAUGACAAAUUGGCCUUGGCAAGAUCCAGUCGCGCCGAUUCUCACUUUCACUCGGUCAAAGCGGUAUCGUCUCGUCGACCUCUGUCUCGAGCGGUCAGCGACAUCAGUGCAUACCACUCACCAACCGAUGCGAUGACAGAGACUCCUUAUGGCAGUGAUCAAGCGUUGAAUACUACUAUUGGUCUCAACAAGUGGCAAGUCAGGCUUCAGCAAGUGUAUGGUGGCUGGCCUGUUUACACUAUUCUACUCGCACUUGGCCAAGUCCUUGGAGCCACGAGUUUUCAGCUCUCUCUGUUAGGUGGGACAAGUUCGCAGCGAACUUUUGAUUUAUACAUCAUCGGUGGUGUGAACAUUAUCGGAUCGAUCUGUUGGUAUGCUUUGAACAGUAUCAAGCCUGCUAACUGGUCUCUUUCGAUGCCAUGGCUCUUUUUCGCAAUGGCAUUCAUCCUAAUUGGAGUGCCGUCUCUCACGGAGACGACCAAGACAUAUGCUUUCCGACAUCCUAUCUCCCUCAUAGCCUCAAGUUUUUACGCCUUUGCAUCUGCUGCUGGAUUCCUCUUCUUCAGCACCAAUUUUGGAGAAGAGGCCGGAGGAGCGAGUGACACUUGGGUUUUCAGAGCUUGUGUUGUGCAAGGCACGCAGCAGAUAUGGGUUGCUGCCUUAUGGUACUGGGGAUUCAAACUUCAAGGCACAGACCCUUCUGACACAAGUUCAGUCCCGUCAGCUUGGAUCAAUGCUAUUACCAUGACACUCGGACUAGUGUGCAUCUUUAUCGCAUACGUUUUGUACGUUGGCUUGCCAACUUACUACCGCAACGUACCGGGACGGGUGCCUAACUUCGUCAAGACUUUGUUCAGGCGGAAACUCGUGUUGUGGUACCUCGCGGCUGAGAUUCUCCGUGAUUACUGGCUCUCGGGACCGUAUGGCCGAAAUUGGUCAUUCCUGUGGACUGGUCACUCAAUUCCAGUUUGGUUCACAGUCCUUCUCGUUAUCAUUUUCUUCAUCGGCAUUUGGGGAGUGAUGAUGUGGGUCUUGAGUCGUAUUUCCAAAAGACAUACUUGGCUUCUUCCGAUAUUCGCAGUGGGAUUGGGUGCCCCUCGAUGGUGCCAGAUGCUUUGGGGAACAAGUAGUAUCGCUCUCUACCUUCCAUGGGCUGGUGUCGCAGGACCUUAUCUAGCUACAUCUCUGUGGCUUUGGUUGGGUGUCCUAGACGCAAUUCAAGGAGUUGGUCUCGGUAUGAUCUUGUUACAAACUCUGAGCCGAGUCCACGUAGCAGCAACACUCUGCCUAGCGCAAAUCAUUGGAUCAACCGCAGUUAUUGUUGCACGAGCAACAGCUCCCAACCGUAUCGGACCUGGGAACGUGUUCCCAGAUCUGGGAUUGUAUGACCCGCGUGGGCUUCUUUCGGAUUCGCCACUCGCAAACUGGGAAUUCUGGGUCGCUCUAUUUUCACAACUGAUCAUUGUAGCGGGCUACUUGGCCUUGUUCAGAAGAGAGCAAUUGUCUAAACCUUAGCUUCCUUACCUCGACUUAAUUUUUUUGCUUACUAUUUGUUGUUUAAGAAAUCACCUCAUAUCUCACUUUCCAUUUCAAUUAUUGACAUUUCAUUCAAGCAUAUCUUUAGUUCAAUGUAUCACAGUUAUCUCAUAGUCAUUGUUCAUUAAAAUAGAAACAUUUCUCUUUGGUUCCAUUGAAGGAUCAUUC